UUUCAACUAGUUAAGUAUUUGUAUUUAUUCUCUUGUCAUAAAAUUGACUACUUCAAUUCAUUCAUUGUACAUUGAAUAUAAACUAUUGGAAUAUUGAACACAUGCACUCAUUUAAAACUAAUUAAUUUCGAAAGUAUUUCUAUCAAUUCUCUUUGUCAUAAUAUUAUUAUCAUUAUCAUGAUGGAUUAUGUGAGAGUUCAUUAUUGUUCAAGAGCAGAAUUAUUGCCAAGAGAAAUGUGUCUCACCAUACCUUAUGAAUUGAUGACUGGUGAGAAGUCGACUAAAAGCAAUUCUUUAUCAAGUCCUAGCUUAAAACGACAAAUGGAGAAUAAAAUAACUUUCAGUAGUUCAACAUUACCCAAAGCUGGAAGUUCCUCACCAAUUACAUCAUCAGUUAAAAAAGAUGAACAGUCGUUGAAUUCCACCUCUAUGAUGAAUGGACAACAAAUUUCAUCCAAUGUUCAAUUAACCAACAAUAUUUACAAAAGCAAUAUUUAUCAGCAUAUGAAUAAUGGCAAUGAUAGUCAUAAUAUUUACGAUAAUAAUCAUGUAGACGUAAAACUUAUAGGAUCUCAUCCGCUAACAAAUACGUCCAGUAAUUAUAGUAAUACAAAAACUAUUACUAAUACUACAACUCCUAAAAGCAGCAGUAAUAAUAAUCACCAUUCAUUUAUCCCAGUUUUCAUAGAAAUUCUGUAGCCUAUGCAACCGUUACACCGACUUCUACAUGUGUAGAAUUAAAACAGAAUCAUUUCAGUUCUGAUGUAGAUGAGAAGAAUAGAAGACCAGAAACACAUUCAUAUACAAAUGUCGAAGAUAAUGAUAUAAACUAUAAAUGCAUGGAAGAUAUCAAAAGUGCUUCAGUAAAUGAUUUAACCAACUUUACUCAUGGAUUAAAUACUAGUAAUAACAAAAAACUUGAAAAGAUCAAGGAGAUUAAUGUAUCAUCGAAUAAAUCUUCUGUAAUAACUGGUGGAAAAAGUGAAUCACACUCAGUAACUGAUAUUUCAAAUGUAUCUGAAGAAUCAAUGAACAAUAAAAUUCUCCUUCGACCAAAGAUAACAAUAAUUCGUGAAGAUAAUUAUAAAAAGGUUAAAACUAGCUCAUAUCCUAGACUGCCAACCUCACAUCAAUUAAUUAAUGGAAAAGAUGUACAUAUUCGUCAUAGUAAUAUGAUCAAUUCAAAUUUUACUGUUAGUCAAUCACCACAAUCAAAUUUAUCAACUGAAAGUUUAUCCCAUGUAAAUAAUACUACUCAAAUCAACAACAAUAGUAGUAAAAGUCUUUUUUGUAAAAUAAAUCAACCAACAUUAUACAAAUUAGACAAACCAAUAAAAUCUACACCAAAUAUAGGUACAAAAAGUGUAUCAAAUUCAAGAUUACAUAAUACAAAUGAAGUGAAUCAAAUCUAUUGGAAAUAUAACAAUUCACUGGGACAAAAACAAUCUAAUUCUACUGAAGAGCUGAUAGUGGAUGAAUCAAUCUCAGAGAAAAUAAUGGAUAUUCAAACCGAUAACAAUAACAACAACAAUGAUACUCAUACCAACAGUACUAUUACCAAUACCAAUAAUAAUAUUAAUAAUCCAUGGAUGUCUACUCCAUACAAACAAUAUGGAUACUAUAAAUCAACACCAAAUAUCAAUAUGACAAUGCUACCAAAGCGUAAACCACCACAAUUGACAAAAGUUAACGAAGAAUUUGUUACACAUAUAGCUAGACCAUUGAAACCAGAAUUUGUAUAUAAUAAAACUAGUAAUGUCAAUUCAUCGAGUGAACGAGAUUUAUCAGAUUUACUAAAAAGCGAAAAAUUAAAUCCUAGACGGUAUAGUGAACUUGAUCCAUUAGGUCAAUCAAAGAAUGGAGGUCAACAAAAUCUACUUCAUCGUCCCUAUAAUCGAUAUUCAUAUCAUCCAUCAGCUUCAACAGGACCAAAUGUUGAUAUAAAUACUGGUGAAAAUAGUAUAUCUACAUUUAGUCUCAAUAAUAGCUAUGAAAAAAAUGUCAAUAAUCUGGAAGGUGAUGGCCUAAUGAAUGAACCUAUUGUUCGACCUGUUAUCAUGCAAAGAUAUUACGCCCCUAAUCUUAUACAAACGAAAAAAUUGAGUAAUACAAAUAUCUCACUUUGUGAGAACUAUGAAAGUCUGUGUGAUCAAUAUUCUGAGAAAAAAACAUGCUUUUUACCCUCGGAACAUACACCAGCCAACUGGAAUGGGCAUUCCGGUUUCUAUGCAUCAGAUGAAGCACUACUUAAUCGGAUCAAAUCGUCAACCAAUGGAUACGAAACGAUAAAUGGUAACUCUAGUUAUUCACAAUCAUUUUCUCCUACUGUUGUUAGUCCUAAUAUUUGUCUCGGUAAUAUACCUGCGAAUAAUAACAUUAACCAUUUAAUUAAUAACUAUCUUGAUAGUAAAUCAAGUGGAAUCUAUAGAAAAAUUAAUCAAAAACAACCAAAUCGUGUAUUGCCAAGAAGACCACGUUCUUUAAUUCAAGAUUAUUACAACUGGGAUGUUCCACGAUCAUCGAAUGAGUUAAAAAGUAUGCAUUACAAUGAUAUGAACCACAAUAAUCAUAAUUUGAAUAAUAUUCAUAAUCAUAGUUAUAACAAUAUUGAUAAUGAGAUGCUUAUGUGCAGUGAAUCUGUGGCUGUACGUUCUGUUACACCAAGUGCAUUCAGAAAAUAUGAUCCUUAUGGUCAACAAUCAUACAAUACUAAUACUGCUGCAUAUACUAAUCAUAGUAAUACUAUUAGCGACUUCUGUUUAUAUGAUUAUCAUGGUAAUGAUGAAAUUGCUAGGAAAACAGGAACAUGGACGUAUACAGAUAAAGAUAUUCCCUUCCAUCCUGAUUCAUAUAUUGCGAACAAGCGAAAAAAUGCUUCAGUCUAUGGUGGGAAUUAUCAAAGACCAGUUGAUAUUAUGAAUCUACGAUCUAGUCCUACAGAAGGCAAUCUUUAUCUAUCCACCCAAAUAACUAACAACAACAAUAUCUCCAGUUUGUCCAAUAACAAUAGCAGUAGUAAUAAUCAUGAUAAUACAUCGAAUUAUGUACAAUCAUUUUCACCAAUAUCAUUUAGCAUAUCGCAACAUCAAAGAUAUUCUAUGAAACAACAAUCCUGUCAACAAAAUAUAAAUAGUUCAUUAACUGAUAUCUGUUCUGCAACUUCUUCAUUAUCCGAUCAUACAACAAAUGGUACCAAUUGUCUAUAUCAAAAUAAUACUGGUUCAUUAUCCUUUAAUGGAGGAUUUGGAUUAGGCGCAGGAGCAAGUGGUGGCAGUACAUGUGUUCAACACCGUAAUCUACCAUCUCUGCCUAAUCUACAUGACCAGCAUAAUAAGACAUUAACACCAUCCCAAUUAAGUAUACCUAUGGUGACAUGGAGAGUGAAAGAUAGUAAAGAACGCUAUUAUGAUAAAAAAUUGUUACGUUUAAUUGAACAGUUACCAAAAGAUAGACAGAAUUCAAUUGGACUUAUACUCUUAGCAAUGGAUGUCAAGUUGAUUAAUCGUAAUAGUAAUUCAACUAUAACAAACAAAGGCAAUGAUGAUGAUAUCUUCUGUGGUGGUUUAGAAUAUCGUCUACGUGAAGCACUUGAAUUGAUACAACCUAAAAAACAAAUAUUAAAUAAUGAUGAAUUAUGCCUGAAUACUACUGAUUUCAGUAGUAAAUCAUAUCCAAAUAAAAUUAUUGAUGUAAGAAGUCGAAAAAAUUUAAAUGACAUAACAAGUCAGUCAUUUAAUCAACGUAAAGAAGAAUAUAUCCCAAAAGAAGAUGGUCGUGAAUCUGGCAUAGAUCCGGAUACAAUAGAUGAAGUGUCAACACCGAUUAUAGGGAAUUCACUCAGUUUGAAUGAAAUAAAAUACAAUAACAAUAAUAAUGGUAAUACCAAUCAUAUCAACAUUGUAAACAAACCAAGUGUAAUUACUGUAUUGAGAAGGCUUGCAAGAUGCUUAGCAAUACGUAUAGCUAAUAAACGGCAUAGUUUAGCUUCAGCUAAUCAACAUGUUGCACGAAAUUCAAUUGAAGAGAAACUUCUACGCUAUCGACUAAGUGAAUUAAACAUGGACGCCGGUUAUUCUGAUUGUUUAAUGAAUAGUUGGAAUUCAUUGAAUUCAAUUGAACCAAAUCGUGGUACAAUUGUAAAUCGAUUUGAUAGAUGGCAUAAUAAUACAAUAGCUGUUAUACAAUUACUUUGUCAAUUAGCUAGACGUUUAGCUACACUAGAUGCACAACUAUAUCAUUGUAGUAAACAUGAAUAUCAUGAGAAUGCCGUAUUAUUGUGUAAGAAUGAAUUGAAUUAUCCCCUAUAUUGUCAUUUAUCAUCGUCUGUUACCACUCUCCCUCCUCCUACUCCUUCUGCAAUUGGUACUGCUGCUGCUGCUGCUGCUGUCACUGCUGCCUAUUCAUCUUCCCUACCACAUCAUUUAUUGAAUGACUUCAGUCAAACAAAUGGAGAUGAUAAAUAUGAAAAAAAUCAAAUAUUGGAACAACAAAGACAAUUGAUUACACAAAUUAAAGAAGCUCAAUCAUUAAGAGCUGAAUUAGAGACAUGUCGACGACGUCUACUGGAAAGUAUACCACCGAAUUUGAAAUGUGAUCUAACGCAUACUAUAUUAGGUAAAUUAGGCAGAGAUUUUAUUGAUGAUACACAGUCAACUAUACCGAUAAAGCCAUCAAAUGCAUACACUGGUAGUAAUACAAUUAAUAAACAGAGUAAUAAUAGUAAUACUAGUAAAAGAGCAUCAAAUUAUUUCUCAGAAUCUCAGUUAACACUUCAUCCAGAACAAUAUGAACAAAAUCAAUAUCAAUUGAAUGGUGAUAGCCAAAAAAGAAUAUUGAAAAUCACUUCUGAUAGUGACGAUAAUGGUCAUGAUUUAGACUGUCAACAAGCCACAACGACGACGACAACAGCAACAUCACAAUUUCUUAGACAACGUGUUGCGGAACAUUUAAUUGAAUUUUUAAAUUCUUUUGUGCUUUCACAGAUAUUUGAAACAGAGAUCAAAGUAGAUCAAGAUCUAUGGGAGAGUAUACAAGAUGAACUUAGAUUUGAGUUAUCUUAUUAGGUUAUUGAUAAUCAACCUCACUUGUUCUCUAUCUAACUGGAUCAUCUCUCAUUUGUAAAAAAAAAGAAGAGAAAGUCAACCAGUUAGAAAUACAGACAAGAAUAUAAUACAUGAUUACACUGAUUUAAGGCGAAAAAAAAUAUCAGUAAAUUAAACAGAAAUGUAACUAACUACCUUUUGAAUAAUAAAAUCAAAUAAACAUCAGAUUUUCUUGUUUUCUUUGUGUAUUUUUAAGUUAAAUUAAUUUCGAUAAGUUUACUUUUAUAGAUUUUAUGCUAUAAGAGGAAAAAGAAGAGACUAUUUGUUGAUAACUUAAAAAUGUACCUUUUUCAUCAAUUGUGUAUGUAUUGUUCAUUAAUAAAUAUUAUUAGUUAUUAUUGCAUCUCAUCAAUCUAUUUUUCAUGCAAAUUGUGUAUUAUUUCAUAAGAAAAUAAUAAUAACUUACCUGAUAUUUCGUCUAUUCCAUCAAUUGUGAUGUUCAUAUUAUUGUAUUCGUUUCAUAUUGAAAACUGUUCAAUAUUGAAGAUGAUCAUAUUUAUUCAGUUAUAUUUUAUCUGAUUUAUUUAUAAUCUAUUUGUUUAUUUACGCGUAUAUGUGCUUACCAUGUAUUUGUCAUGUUUUUUCUUCAUUUCUUAAGGAGUUAUUGAGGUUACCCCUUGUUUAUUUGUCUUUUCAAUAUAGAUAUAGGGAAUAAAAUAAGAUUAGGUGACACAUAAACGGUCUUGUAAACUUAUCCACUGUAUCUAUGCAACACACAUACGCACAUAGGUAGGUGAAAGAGACUACUUCGUUUAGGUUUCUCCCGUUGAUGGUGAUUGGGUUCCUUUGUAUAUUAGUGUGUUAAUGUGUAAACUGGCAACUUCAAAAGCUAAGCAACAACUAUCAG